GUGUAUAAAAGGGUUGAGCUUGAACUGUCUCUCUUAGUGCAAUAAAGCAAACCGCUACCUCCACUCACAUAACAGGGAAACAUGCCUGCAGACUACAAUGGACGCUGGGAGAUGGUGAGCAACGACAGCUUUGAGGACACCAUGAAGGCCCUUGAUAUUGACUUUGCCACCAGAAAGAUCGCCGCCCACCUGCAUCAGACUAAAAUGAUCGUCCAGAACGGAGACAAGUUUGAAACGAAGACAGUGAGCACCUUCAGAAACUACGAGGUCAACUUCACCGUGGGAGAGGAGUUUGAGGAGCACACAAAGGGCCUGGACAACCGGAAGGUCAAGACACUGGUUACCUGGGAUGGCGACAAGCUGGUGUGUGUUCAGAAGGGGGAGAAAGAAAACCGUGGCUGGAAACACUGGAUCGAGGGAGACCUGCUAUACCUGGAAAUCACUGUGCUCGACAAAGUCUGCAAACAAGUAUUUAAGAAGGCCUAAUAAGACCAAACGCAUCUGCACUAACUGUCUGUCCUGUGUUGCAUGUUUGUGCCUGUUUAUAAUGUAAUUGUGAAGACCUGCAAUAAAUUGACUGAAUACCACUGUU